AUGCUUUCUCGUUUAAUCCCCAAACCCUAUCAUCUCCGUCGCUUCCUCUCUCUUCCGUUAAAACCGCACCACGCACCUGCGAAAUCCUACUUCACCACUUUCGUUCUUCCCAAGCACUUCUCCACCAACAGCGGCGACAACGGCGAUGACAAGGACCGGUUCUCGUCCCGCGUGUGGAAGGAUUUCCGGGAGACCGAUGAGAAGUUCGGAGCUUUAUUCGAGGAGGAGAGUGGAAGCCUCGCCGGAAUAAAUGAAGAUGGUGGGAAAAGAGAGGAACGGGAGUGGCUGCAAGAGGAAGAACAGGGGUGGUUGCAUGAGAAGGGUCUCGAUGAGAAAGACGAGGAUUCUAUAUUUAAAGGGAUCGACGAGGAAAGUGUAGACGCGGGUGGUGGAGGUGAUUCUUUUGAUGCGGGAAAUUUUGGAAUUGGGGCAGGAGAGGAUUUCAAACCUUGGAGCUUGAAGGGAGAGGACAAAGAGGAUGUGUUUGAUUUUCAAGAGGAUGUAGAACAUGAAAGGGAGACUACUGUUGUGGAUGUUAAGCCUAAAGUGGACGUUGAACAGCUUGAGAAGGAAGAGCAAGCUCUCACUGCUGUUCUCAAAGGCCCAAAACGUGCAUUUGGUGAUUUGAUUGCUGCUUCUGGAAUCACGGAUGAAAUGCUUGACAGUUUGAUUGCGUUGAAAGACUUUGAUGGAGUCGAUGGGUUGCCCCCUCUUAGUGUAAUUGAAGACAUGCGGUAUGAGAAGAAUACUAGAAAAUCCACUAGAGGUGAAAUGGAGCGUUUGAAGCAAGAGGAAGCUGCAAAGGCUAGAGUGAAACAAGUUGAUGACAAAGGUCGUGCUUAUGGAACAGGAAGAAGAAAAUGCAGUAUUGCCCGUGUCUGGGUUCAGCCUGGUAACGGUAAAUUUAUAGUUAAUGAUAAAGAGUUUGAUGUGUAUUUUCCUAUGCUUGAUCAUCGCGCUACUCUCCUUCGACCUUUCUCUGAGACAAAGACUUUGGGGCUCUGGGAUGUCAGUUGUACUGUGAAAGGAGGCGGUGUUUCAGGGCAAGUUGGAGCUAUACGAUUGGGGAUCAGCAAGGCUUUGCAAAACUGGGAACCAGAUUUGCGACCUGCACUGAGAAAUGCUGGUUUCCUAACAAGGGACUCGCGAGUGGUAGAAAGGAAAAAGCCAGGAAAGGCAAAAGCAAGAAAAAGUUUCCAAUGGGUCAAGCGUUGA